AUGGGUGCUUCAUAAGCUCAAAAACUAUUUUAAAAAGCAAUAGAAACAGAUAAUGUUGAAAAUGCACAAUAAGUUCUUAAAUAAUUUCCAGAAUUACUAAAUACCAUUCUUUAUCCGGCUGGGAACAUCUCUCCUCUAGCAAGGGCAUCAUGGAGAGGAUGCUUAGAUAUGGUUAUGUUGCUUUGCGAAGGAGGAGCAAAUCCAGAUGCAUCAGAUAAAGAUGGGUUGACGCCAUUAAUGUGGGCAGCAAAGAGGGAUCAUGCAAAUAUUUGUUGCACAUUAUUGAGAUUUCAUGCAGAUAUCUCAAAAAGAUCAAGAGAAGGAUUUACAGCAUUAGAUUAUGCUAUUUUACUGGGGAAUUAUGAUUCCGCCUAUAUUAUUUAUGAAUUUGAUAAAUUGAUCUAAGACCCUGCAAGUUAUGAAUUAAUUCGAACUAUAAAAUAGUGGAGAUAUGUAAAUUAUGAGAUAUUUCUUCAAUCAUUACAAUAAUCAAUUAUGCCUUAAAAUGUUGGUGACUAUACUACGAAGCCUUUAGGUCGAGUGUACAAUGAUCCAGUUGUGGAUCCAAGAGAAUCAUGGAAGGAUAUGCUCAAAAGAAUCAUGAAAUUUGAUCCUCCUCCUAUCUGUGAGAGAAGUGAGUUACCCCCUCAUCUAUAACCAUAAAAUCGAUUGUUGGGAAGACUCAAUAGUUACAUAUAUGGCAUGAAUCCUAUGCCUAUAGAAGGUAAUUCAAUGGAAAUGUAAGUACCUGAAACUAAUGAUAUUGCAUGA